AAGGAGGUAUGAGAACCGGGACUCGCCUGUGGGCUGGGCAUUGGGAUUGUGAGGGGGAGGGAGUGCAGAUGAGGCAAACAUGACUUGUUAUUUAUGAGUCUAUGCCUGCAGACUGUCCAGGUCUUGCUGCAUGCAGGUUACGUUGUCAAGGUUUCUUGCUCAAAUCCAUUUCACUAAUUUUCCAACCUGAAGUGCAUUCCGGAGACUGAGGGAGCCAUGCUGGACCGAGAUCUCGGUCCGACACCGUCUUAUCCUCCUACAUAUCCGGAGCCCAGUAUUGGAAGACACACACCUUAUAUGUCGCAGCCAGAGUAUAGGAUCUAUCAACUGAACAAGCGCCUGCAGAACUGGACAGAGGAAUGUGACAACCUUUGGUGGGAUUCUUUCACCGCAGAAUUUUUUGAAGAUGAUGCCAUAUUAACUGUGGCCUGCUGCUUGGAAGAUGGACCAAAACGAUAUACAAUUGGGCGGACCCUGAUCCCUCGCUAUUUUCGUAGCAUCUUUGAUGGCGGAGCGACCGAUCUUUAUUUUAACCUGAAGCACUCGAAAGAAUCAUUCCAUGGCAACCUGGUGAUCCUGGACUGUGAUCUAUGCAGCAUGGUCACACUACACAGCAAACCUAUCUUCACCAAGGUGUGCACGGAAGGUCGCCUUUACCUGGAAUUUACCUUUGAUGAUUUGAUGCGCAUUAAGAAUUGGCAUUUUAAUAUCAGACAAAACCGCGAGCUGCUGUCACGUAGCAUCCUCGCGACACACGCCCAGGAUCCUCCAAUGUUGGAACAGUUAUCCAACAGCAUCACCCGCUCUGGUCUCUCCAACUUCACUCUCAACUACCUCAGGCUUUGUGUCAUUUUGGAGCCAAUGCAGGAACUCAUGUCCAGGCACAAGACCUAUAACCUUAGCCCUCGCGACUGUCUGAAGACCUGCCUGUUUCAGAAGUGGCAGCGGAUGGUGGCUCCACCUGCCGAACCUGUCAGACCACCGACCGCUAAGCGGCGAAAGAGGAAACAAUCUGGAGGCAACGUGGCCAGUGUUGGGGCAUCCAGUACCAGCAGUGGAGCCAGCAAAAGGAAGAGCAGCCCUGCCACAGGCUUCAGUCUGUCCACUCAGGACGUUAUGGUUGUGGGUGAGCCAGCACUAAUGGGUGGGGAGUUCGGUGACGAGGAUGAGCGUCUAAUCACGCGGUUAGAGAACGGCCAGUAUGAUGCCGCCAAUGGUAUCGAUGACGAGGACGACUUCCGUAACUUGCCAGCCUUGGGGAAUAGCAGUCCCUGGAACAGUAAAGCACCAUCGAGCCAGGAGAGCAAGUCCGAUAACCCCACGUCUCAGUAACCGCACUGACAGCUCUAGUAACUAUCUUAAGAAUUUGCAGGGACUGAUGCAUUCGAAGGUUUAAACCCCUUGCGGCACAAGCAAGUAUUCAGUUGUGAACAAAAUGUUUCUUGAACAGUGAUCCAGGGCAUAAAGUAAGUGCAUUACUUUUUUUUAUUGUUGGGGGGGGGGGGGGGGGGUGAGGAGGGUGAAACUGCACCCAUUAGAUGUAUUGCGUUGAAUAGGGUCCUUCAAUGUAGGUUCAAUACCCAAUCUAGCCUGCCUCUGUGGAAUGCAACCAUGAGGGCUAGGCUUGUUUCCUGCUCCUUAUUCCUAUCCAGUUUCUGAGAGAGUGCUGCAUUGACCUCUCACUGGGACGGUAACUGGCUUGGGGUCAACAGUGAGUUGGGAAUCGCUCAGUCUGCUCACGCUUGAUGCGUUCCACUUGAGUGAAGGGUGAUAGUGAAGAAUCACAAUGGCAGUGAAACUCUCCCACCACUGAGGGGCAGUGAAAUCUCCCACCAAGAGUAACAGCAGAAAGAUCAACGAGAAAAGGCUGGACCAAGGGGAUUGACGCCUCCACAUUGGCCUCUAGCAAGAGGUCUGAAUUCAAAUUCUAACCUCGCCGUUAGUUUCACUGAGACUUGUGCAGUGCUUUCUGCCACAUGUUUAAUAGAGGGCUUAGCUUCAAUAUAUAUUGGACGCUGCCAUGAACUGGACUCCCAGUUGAUUGAAUAAGGGGUGUUUGAUCAAUCGUCACUUCCUCGUUUAGCUGGUGAAGGGAUAGCUAACUAGCUCUAAUUUCAGAAUGUACUUUCACAUUUUGAAACUUGCUGAAUGAACAUAGAAAAUAGCAGCAGGAGGAGGCCCUUCGGCCCUUCAAGCCAGCACCGCCAUUCAAUAUGAUCAUGGCUGAUCAUCCAAAAUCAUUGUCCCGUUCCUGCAUUUUCCCCAACAUCCUUAGCCCUAAGAGCUAAAUCUAACUCUCUCUUGAAUACAAUCUGGUUGCAUUAUUCAAGCCCUGGUAGAAUGUUUCUUUUUGUAUUAGUAGAACUACAAGUAUUAAGAAUGACAUUUAAUGUAAUUAGUUGUGAGACACCAAAGUUGCCACGUUAGUUAUAUUCCUGUUUUUUUUCUUCUGGUUUCAAAAUGUGAAAGCACUAACUGAACCUCUUUGUAAUCUGGUGGAAGAUGAUUCCGACCCAUUGAUUCUUCCUAACGGAAAAUUAAAUCCAAGGUUUUCUUCCCAGAAAAUGUAAUGCAAUAGUAACCCUGGAUAUUCCUUCAGUGCAUUUAGCCCAGUAAAGUAAGUGGGAAUAUUUUUGAAGAGCUCUGUUGGAACUUCCUGUAAAAGCGGACCAAGAUUUUAAACAGAGGGCUUUUGUUUAAUUUGUGUGUGGUUCUGAUAUUAAUGCACUUAUUUCUGCCCUGCAAUCAACUGAUACUUUGGUGGUGUGCUGUAUGAUACUGUAAAUGUAAAAUGAUGAUGAAUUGAUUUUAUUGUAAUGCACGGGUUAAUUUUUGACUUGUACAGUUUAUCUUAAUUGAAAUUAAGUUUUGGACCCCAUUGUCAAAAAAACAAGUAAUUGAAAAGUUGCUCCUUAAAUCCCAUCAGGUUUUCAAAUAGUUCCACGUAAAUUAAGUAGAAGAACUUUUCCCACAGUCACUUUUGUCCCGCUGGUGAAACAAAUCUGGAGUCAAGAUUUAUCACAAUGGAAGGUUCACUCCCUUCUGCGAGCUCUGCCCUUCUCCACUCCCGCCCGCCAACCCCAGCAGCUACGGAAGUUCUGGAAUUUCUUUGGGAAUUUUCAGGAAUUCCAGAACUUGCUGAGAUAUGAAUGAUGGCUUCACGGUCAGUUUUUCCUUUGUCAUUUUUUAUUUCUCCCGUCUGUUUAGAUCCUCCAUGCCAUGCACCACUCUUAGGCUGAGAGGACAGACUCCUGAUCCCAGGCCUCCGACAAUGUCGCUGUUGCUCGGCAUCUGAGAGGCGUGUGAGAACGGUCCAGGGCUGAUGCUCACCGUCUCCCCGGAACUCGCUUCACGGGAGAAUUGUGGAUGCAGAACUACAUCCGGUCAGUCCACAGCAUGGUGUCGUGGAGUGCAAGUACACACUGCACAGCUCGUAACAACCAUUGUGUAGGAACGAACUGCAGAUGCUGGUUUAAAUCGAAGAUAGACACAAAACGCUGGAGUAACUCAGCGGGACGGGACGGGCAGCAUCUCUGGAGAGCAGGAAAGGGUGACGUUUCGGGUCGAGACCCUUCUUCAGACUUGAGGCUGAAGUAGGGUCUCGCUGAGUUACUCCAGCAUUUUGUGUCUACCUUAACAACCAUUGUCCCAUUUCCUGUCACAUAGAUAGUGAUUGGCGACCUUUCAUAAAAGAACAGUCGACUUGUUAAAAAUAAAAUAUUAAAUACGUCCGAUUACAAGAAAAUUCGGAUGAGUAAAUGAAUGCAAGUGAAAAAGGGAAAUGAACAAAGGGAGUGUCUUGUCCAUUUACUGUUAAUAUGUCACUAACGGAGCCAGUGCUGAUUGUACAGUACAUGUUGAGCUGUGCAGAAGGGUCGUGCCUGCUAUACUGAUAGACCUACACUUUGGAUGCAGCUGCCCACCUGCUUCUGAUAAAUGUUGCCCACAUUGGACUCUGCUGCAUUGUGUAAAACUAGAAAACCCUGGAAAAACCCUCAGACCCAGCAGCAAGGGGGGGGGGGGUCAAAUCAACCUGCUUCAGAAUUCAUUAUGCUGAAUAUCCAUUCCACUGUCUUCCUCUGGGAUUAAAAGAAGGGAGGUUUCCCCCCACCACCCCCCC